CGAAUAUAAGUCGAGAGGGUCGACGAAGGCUGUGUUGGUGUGGAUGGUGUGGUGGCGGGUUUCGAAGAAGAGGACGAUGGUUUUUGGGAAAAAUCUCCCAGUCCAGCCAUUCAGUCAGUGCAAUUCCGCAGACCGAACGAGAAGUAUCGAAGAGGGCGCACGGACGUCAGAAUAACCGGAGCCGUCAGCGUCGUUUGUCCGGCAAUUAUUGUAUAGAGGAUCAUUCACCAUACAGUACACAGUGUGUAGUGCUUACCUUCAAGAAUAGACGACACACUCAUUCAGCGGUGGGCCGAGUGGGAAAGCGAGACGGCACAACAUAAAAAACGGACGUGCGUGUGUCGUCUUGCGCUCGCCGUCGGUUGCAGUGUGUGCGGUGCUGCGGACGGGAUGCGAACGGGAAGAAGGACCACAGGAUAUCAGUCCCCCAGGUCGUCACCGUGCGAUCAGAAACAAAAAAGACGUGUCCCAGAACGGUUGUCUGUCUGACGGUCGGUUGGUCGCUCGAUUAAUCGGAAGUCGUACGUGUCAUUUAGUUUUUCGGAAACCGCUACUGGACCACCAACGCAUAUAGCGCGCGCGUUCGAAACGUCCGAUCGUGCGAAGGAUAAUAAACCAUAAUUCAUUCAUUCAUCAACAAGCGCUUUUGUUUCGGAAAGGCGAUCGCGCGAUCGACAGUGUGUGUGAGCGUGUGCAAAUUUCGGCGCCUACUAAUCCUCAUUCGCAUUGUUUUGUUUCCGGAACGGUGCUUUUGUUCUAGUGUUCCUUUCAUUCCACUCUUCGCAAGCUGUGAAUGAACUUGUUCGGCGCCUGUUUUGAUUGACCGAACGGCAGCGAAGAACAAUAGAAGCUGGUGCGAUUCAUCGCUGUGAUAGUGUGUUUUGAACAACGACUGAGUGCAAACAAAAAAAAACAUCCAAAGAAUAAGCAAUCCACCCAAAGUGCCAUGCUAGUUGCGAUUGUUGCCGAAGGCAAAUUAGCAAGUGUGAAUCGGAAGUGAUUUUUUUUUGUUGGUUUUACCAAGAAUUGGGAAUUGUUGUGUGAGCCGCGGGAAGCUGUGUAUGCAUUUCGAUGAAUUAUUUUCUGCACAGCGAGUGGUACAACGAGCGGUACAAGAAGAUGCUGUCCACCAGCGAGGACGCCGGAUUCUACUCCCACAAUCGUGAUCAUUCAGACACCGGAGAAUCUGAAGGCACUCAAGAUAUCCUAACAUGCGGGUCCUGUCAGAAAACGUUCGCUCUCUCCGACAUUGUGCGAUUCAUCCAGCACAAAGUGCUGCAGUGCAACAAGGAAAACUACGGCCAGUGCUACUCGCAAGCCACCGCCGGUGACAGGGACUCGGACGACGGACGGCCUCUAACGUUGGCCAAUUCGCGGCGGCCCUCGAUCUCCGCUCCUAUCUCGGCGCGGAAAGCCAGCGGGUCCCGAGUGCACACGCCACCGCCCACCAGCCCGGCCGAGCUGCUGCGGGACGGUGCCUCCAGCACGCCGAAACGGCUCAAUGAAGAAUCCGAGAACGCUUCCGCCUCCCGCUGCCCGUCGAGUUCAAGCCCACUGGGCAGCAGCGCCAGUAGUGGCGACGCCGAAGAUACCGAUGACCAGCAAAACAAACCGCUCUCCGAUGAGGCUACGGAUCCGGCGGCCACCGCCUCCACCUCCAUUGCAAUCAAACAGGAACAACCCGAAGCGGACCCGAUGGUCCAGGAUCGGGAGCGGGACUGCGGCAGUAGCGGUGCUCUACCGGCGACGACGUCGGACGAGCCCGCUCCGAAAAAGCCCCGCACCACCUCGACGGCUACCACCACGGAGCUGGCGGACGCCGAAUCCAACACAACCGGCAGCAACAGCAACGGCGAACCCAGCAACUAUGUUUGCAGCACGUGCAAAACCAAAUAUCAUUCGGCGUGGCGGCUGGUACAACAUGUCCAGCACGCCCAUCGAGUGAAGAUCUACGAGGUGGUAUCGCUCAUCGAUGAUGAGGAGGAGGAUGAUGAUGAUGGGGAAGCAGAUGGUGAGCAUGAACCGACCGGGGUAGAAACAAGCCACGAACCGGAAGUUGUUAACGACGAUGACACUCCGGCGACCAAUGAACAGGAAUCGCUGGCCCAAAGCGGCAAAUCUCAUUCCAUGAAUAAUCUUAGCGGUAGCUCCAGCUGUUCCACCAACAACACCAGCGGAAAUAGCUCUCGAGGUAGCGGAAUUAAUCUGCUCCAGAAUCAGUUGCAACUUCCUCAACAGCAACAACACCAGCACCAACAUCAGCAGCAGCAACAACAACAACAACCACCACGUGAUUCGCAAAGUCUUCCACCGCCGGGUUUGAGACAUCAUCCGCUACUUCCACCGCCGGAGAUGCACGCCAACCCAUUUGGCUUGCUGCGCAUGCCGAUGAACCAUCACCCGCACAGUCCGCUGUUUGGCCGCGGUCACCAUGACUUUCGCAUGGAACACCUCAUGUCCGAGCAGUUUCGCAACCAUGGUCUCAAUCUUGCGGCGGCUGCAGUUGCAGCGGCCAACCAACUGAAAACCCACAAUCAACAGUUCAACGCCGGCGGCAAUCCGACAACAGAGCGGCCGCCCUCAUCAGGGAGCAUCUCUCUACCCGGUGGUACCCAAGGUUUGGUUCUCGAACCCCAUAUGGAUUUUUACUCACAGCGCUUGCGGCAACUCGCGGGUACCACCAGCCCAGGGACUAAUCAAAACACCUCCAACUCUCCAAGUCCCCGCAAGCAGCACUCCCCUUCCUUCGCCAGCCCCUCACCCUCCCAACUUCCACCUACCCCGCUGACAAACAAUUCCCGACCCCAAAGUCUAACCCCGCCCGAAAAGCACACCGAACUGAGCGGACUCGAGUCCGGCACAAUCACCAACACCCCUCGGUCGGCGUCCACCCCUCCGAACAAGCAAAGCCAAAUCACCGACGCAAUCCACUCGUGCGAGUUCUGCGGCAAAAAGUUUCGCUUUCAAAGCAACCUGCUCGUGCAUCGCCGAACGCACACCGAAGAACUCCCCUUCAAGUGCACCAGCUGCGAAUAUUCCUGCUUGGAUGUGAUGAAGCUAAAACAGCACAUGAAGACGCACGGAAUCCCCAGCGAGGACGGCAUCAGUAAUCCGGAAAGCUUGGACUCCGAUUUGGACGAUUCGGAUAACGAGCUGAUGGAUGCGGAGGACAUCGACGACGAUGACAAUGAUGACGACCGAGACGGAGAGCUGGGCGAAGAAGCCGAAGACCUCAGCAUGAGCAGCACCCAGAGCCACGCCAAGAAGGAUGGCCAGGUGCACAUGCAAUCCUCUCUGGUUGGAGAGUUGAUGGACAAAUUCGGCCUGUCCAACAUUGCUCAGUACUCUGAAGCCUACAAACAAGCCCUACAGGAGUCGGGAAACGCGUUGAAGCUGCAGCUGACCAGUAAAGAUCGAGAUAACAACAACAGCGCCAUGGCCAUCCCCGGAUUGGCCGAGAAGUUGAACGGACUUCCGGCGGCGUUGCGGAUCAAAGAGGAACUAGCGAAGAACAUGCUGCAGCACCACAACCCCCAACUUCCACAAGUUCCUCUGUUCAACCCUUUCGAAAACCCCUUCGAAGCAUCCAAGCGAAUGAAGCUCGAAGGCAGCGAUAGCUGGUGGAACAUCCCUGGUCUGCACCGGAACGAAUCCCUGUUCGAGAACAUGAAACCAGGCCGUGAUCGUGGCUCCGGAAGCCUCAUGCAUUCGAUGAUGAAAAAAGAGCACAAAUCUCGCAACGACACUUGCGAGUACUGCGGUAAGGUGUUCAAAAACUGCUCGAAUCUGACGGUUCACCGACGCAGUCACACCGGUGAGAAGCCUUACAAGUGUGAACUAUGUUCCUACGCAUGUGCGCAGAGUUCCAAGCUCACUCGGCACAUGAAAACUCACGGCCGACUAGGGAAAGACGUCUACCGGUGUCGGUUCUGUGAGAUGCCGUUCAGCGUUCCUUCAACGCUGGAAAAGCACAUGCGAAAGUGUGUCGUCAACCAGGGUAAACUGCAGCAACAGCAGCAACAACGCGAACUCCAACACCUGCAACACCAACAGCAGCUGCACCACCAGCAACAGCUGGCCGCGCAGCAGCAGCUAGCCGCCCAACAGAUGGCAGCAGCUGCGGCGGCGCAACAACAGCAGGCCGCCGCCGUUGCAGCUGCCGCCCAACAGCACCAACACCGCGAGCACAUGCAGCAACAGCUUCAACAGCAGCAACCUCAAGGUCCCAUGAUCCCGGUCUCACCCAGCCAUGCGCCCUCCGGUAUCCUGCUACCGCCACUGCCCGUCCCGCCCAUGGGUUCCCUGGCGGAGCACCAGGAACGGACAACCACACCCUCCAACAGCAAUCCCGCCACUCCGAUCAUCAAGGAAGAAGCGGCAACCGCAUGACUCUACCCCCCGUGGAGUGGUUAUGAGCUACCCCCGAAUCGGAUGAUGUCCAGAAUCUACUAAGCUAAUACAGGGAAACCCGGACGGAACGUACGAGAUCGUCGGCGAGUGCGCCCUCGAUCCCCUAAGCUGUGUCCGUUUUUUCCGCGCGUGCCCUCCGGCAGGGACAGGGUUCUUAUACCAUUUUAGAGAACAGAGUACAUAGUUUUACGUCGAAAAUAGAGGCAUUAAUACCAAAGUUUAAAACAAGAGCGAGAAGACAGAAUUAUUAGAAAAAUGAUCUUUAUUUCUCCAUUUUUAUGUAAAUAUUAGCCGUAUAAGUGAAAAGAAUGGCAUUUAAUUUUAGUUUAUAAUAUAUAUAGAAAUGAUAAAUUAUUCCCCUUUAUACGAAGAGACAACAUGUACAUUCUACCCUUGAUUUGGUUAAGGCACAAAUAAAUGCAACCCUAAAAAAAGUGAUUGAAAAUUUUGCGAGAAAGAAAAACGGAUAAUCGAUUUUGAUUAUCCAUAUUGUUGACGAAUGAAAUGAACGGUCAUGUUUUUGUUGAUAGUUUUAUCAUUUUCCUUGUAGAAGUUUUAUUUCCAUAUCCAGAUUCUUCUCUCUUUGUGUAAGAUAAUUGUUUAGGCUAAUUGAAUUCACCAAAACAUGCGAAAAAAAGAAAGAAAAAGAAGUCGCUUUUACUUGUUCUUUCUCAUCUCGUUCAUUAUUUUUCCUUAUUUCUGUUGAGGAUAGGAGUCGUAUUUUGCUAGUUUCUCACGUUUCGAAAAGUUAUGUUUCAUCCGUUCCCCGUUUGUAUAUAUUAGUGAUGAUGUUCCGAGUCUUUGUAACAUAUUCCAGCUGGCAGUCGAAGUUCUUUUUCCCUGUGCUAGGUUAUUACGUUAAGACUGAUCUAUUUUCUCUGCGUUUUUAGAAUAAUUUUAUUGGCCUAUUUAUUGGAUCGUUUAGUUCCAAUUCUUAGACGCAUUUUUUAGACACUUUCCCUCCGAAAUAGGAAAAGUGUUUAGAAAAUCGUUCAAGGAUCAAAUCAAAGACAUAAAAUCAAUUCCAAUCGGAAAUUGCUAGAGCACAAUUGAUAACAGUUUCAAUAGUUUGACAUUCCCGAACAACUUCUUUUAACAAGAAAGACAAACAUUGUGAAGUAGAAACUCGGAAUGUAGAAAACACAAAUCUGGAGAAAAUGUAGUCACGACAAACAGUUGAUUUUAACUUCUAAGGCGGCGAAAAAGCAUGAAAAUCACACGAAGAUUCCUAUUAAACAUUAUGAAUUUAUGUAAAUGUACAAAUCGAACCUAAGUAUAAACAAUAUACGAUGGGAAAAUCAAGUAAUGCAACAAAGAAAAAAAAAAUGAAAAUAGUAAUUUAUUUAAAACAGAGAAAAACAAAACCAGAUCAUCAAACAAUAAGACGACCCCAUUAGUGAAAGACAAACGAUGAGAAUCGGAAAUCUAAAACCAUCGUUGCACAACAUUACAGGCAUUAUGCAAUGUUCUCAACCAACACAAACAAAAUAGACAAACCACUCACACUCUCACAAACAUACACACGAUGAAGCAUCUUACAUAUUAUACAGAAACAAAACUAAACUCCAUACAAACAAAAAAAUAUUUAAUCGAAAUGAAAAAUCCCAUUAUUGUAUUUAAUGCAAGAAUAGCGAAAUAACGAGAAGAAAAAAGAUCAGAAAAACUACAAAAAUCCUAUAUUGUAUAACGAUAAUAAAAACGUACUUAAAAGAAGUAAAUAAAAUAUAAAUGUUUACAAAAAAA